AUUCAUUUGAAAUAUUGUAACACAUUUAAUUAAUGAACACUAUGUCAAUGACAAAUUUUCAUUUCACAGUUCACAGGGAGAGAUGUCUAAAGUUGUUGUUUACUGGCAUGUGCCUUGGAAUUACAGGAUUUUUGGUUGUAUGGACUCACGUUGGCAGUGAAGAAGUGAAACAACCUCCAACCAGCAUUUUGUUUCAGCACUUUGCCAAACUUAACAACUCCAGAAACUUCUCCACCCCUCCUGCUGAUGUUCAGCUAGAAAUCACUUCAGAAAACGCAGAGUCAAAGUCAAGAUCAUUUUAUUCUGAAAUUGGAAUCAGUUCAGAAAGUUACUCCAGUUUACAGCAGGAACUCUACUGGGCCGAACCGGACAGACCAAUAACAGAUGUGUCUAUGAGUACAAGUGCAGCUCACUCCACUUUCAUCAUUCAGAACCUGAAAGACAGCUACCAAAUAGGAGAGGAGCUUUUUGUUACUAUCCAUGCCAGAGACUUUAACAAUGAAUCUAAACGUUAUGGAGGAGAUUACUUUCAAGCAAAGCUUUUCUCAUCUGAAAAUCCCCCAAAGGCCAGUGUGUUUGGGGAGGUGGAGGAUUUGCUCAAUGGCUCUUACUCUGUGCGUUUUCUUCUGCCGUGGGUUGGACAGGCACAGGUGGCUGUGCGUCUGAUCCACUCCAGUGAAGGGGUGCAGGUCCUCAAGCAUCACAGAGACACUGAUUCAGGCAGAAUUUUAUUUAGUGGAUAUUUUGAAGGACCAGGACCAAAUGGGACCAGGUUGAAAGAAACGGUAAAGUGUAAUGUGAAGUGGGACAAGAAUGGACUGGAGAGGAUGGGGACUGGAGAUUGCUGCUGUGAUUAUAAAGAUUAUCGCAGUGGAGAAGUAUGGAGCUGUCAGAGACCCAAAUCCCUGCCAUGCAGCGCUCGCGUCUAUCACUCUAUGGGCGGGUAUUACGAUCGUGUGACGGCCAAAGAAAAAAUGUUUAUGCGUGAAACCAACAAAGACAUCAAUGGACAAAGAACACCGAUCAAGAUUCUUCCUUCCAAUGGAACAGUGCGAAUUGAUGUAACACAGAAAUGUCGUCCUGGUUUGCGCUCACCAGUUCCAGCUGGGUUUUAUCUGGAUGAUGUUUGGGAGUCCUUUGUGUGUAGCACCCGUCAUUUUAAUGCCGGAACAAUAGCACAGUGCCUGAAAGACAAACACAUCUACCUGAUGGGAGACUCUUCUUUGAGACAGUGGUUUGACUUCUUGCUGAAAGCAGAACCAACUUUAAAGCGGAUGAACCUGCAUGUUGAAUAUCAGGCAGGGCCUCUUAUAGCAGUGGAUGUGGAGAACAACAUUGACUUACACUGGAGGUCUCACGGUCUUCCUCUACGCUUUGUUAAAACACAAGUGACUAAUCUUCACUACAUCUGUAAUCAGAUUGAUGAUAUGACUGGAGGACCUCACACUGUUAUUGUAUUUAAUCUGGGGCCACACUUCACAACAUACCCUCUCGAGUACUUCACCCGCAGAGUGAUGAGGGUCCGCAAAGCUGUGCUAGAUAUGUUACAACGGGCACCAGACACUACCUUUAUACUCAAGACUGUCAACACAGGCUAUAAGGAUGUGUUUGGCAGUGACUGGUAUUCUCUGCAGUUGGACAGAAUCAUACGGUGGGCUUUUAAGGAUGUUAAUGUUUAUAUUUUGGAUGUUUGGCAAAUGACAUCCUGUCACUACAACAAAGAGGACAUUCAUCCAGGUCCUGUCAUCAUCAAAAAUGAGAUAGACAUUUUGCUUUCUUUCAUCUGCCCUGAAUGAUUUUGUCAGUAAUCAGGAGGUACAAGUACAGUCUUCAAUUUUAUUUUAAAUAUAUAUUGAAUGUGUUAAACAUGGUAAUACACUUAUAAGUUUCUUUUACAAUAUAAGAAAUAGUGGCAGAAACUGCCGAGGGUGGCAGAUAAAUUACAAACUGUCAAACAAAAUCUGGCACAAACAAACUAAAAAGGUGUUUCUUUUCACUUACAUUUUUUUCCACCUUUCACAUUGCUGUUACUUUGCAGGUUCAUUUAUAUAACCUAACUGUGUACAUCACAUAACAACCCUUAAUUACUUGUUUAUUGUCUUAUUACUAUUAUUUAUAUAAUUAUCUAACUUAUGCCAUAUUAGUGUGGAUGUCACAAGUCCUGUACGUGUCUGCCUUGUCUUAGGGGCUGAUCACACCAAAAGCGUUUAUGGCAGUUGCAGGCGCCUUUUUUGAAUGAUAUUCUAUGGGCAGGGAGCAUUUGCGCCCUGUUUUUGCCGCCAGCUGCAGCACACGCUUUUGAAAGAGUGCUGAGAGUGGAGAAGCGCCAGACCUUACGUUGUGGUGAGGGAAGUUUACAAUUGCUUUGAAGAACCGGACUCCACUCGCUCACUCUCUCCUGCGUGUUUGUGCACCUCUCACCAUCAAACAAGGUCAGAGCAAGUGACCUCUUUUUAAAGUUUCUGCUAAUAUGACAGUUAACAGCAAAAGAGUGCUCACGCAUAUUUGAUUGACAAGACAGCUGACUCUGUGGUUGCUUAGCAAUAUAAAAAGCCGCUUCACACUGCUCUUUUUUUUAAAAAGGCAGUGCGUCGCGCCUUGCGUUUCCAAGCGUUUAAAGCCCGAUUGGUGUGAUUAGCCCCUUAGUCUGUUUUGUUCCCUCUUGUUCCUAUGUUGCUCCGCCCAUAGACAUUAUAUAUGUAGACGGCCCAUGACGUACUGGAACGUAAUCCAGUGUCACCGCCAUAUUGGUUGGAUUUCCUCACUAUACGCUAGCACUAGAAUCAAUCGAAGUCAACCUAUUACUAUGCCCGU